CCAAAAAAAGAAAAAUAAAGAACCAGCAGCAAUAGAUAUGAAUGAGAAGGCUGGAGUUUCGAAAGAACUCAAUGCUAAACAUGCCAAGAUAUUGGAGGGCCUCCUAAAGCUGCCAGAGAAUCGGGAGUGCGCAGAUUGUCGGAGCAAGGCACCACGAUGGGCAAGCGUCAACCUCGGGAUAUUCAUAUGUAUGCAAUGUUCAGGAAUUCAUCGGAGUCUUGGAGUACAUAUAUCAAAGGUGAGGUCUACAACUUUAGAUACGUGGCUACCCGAGCAGGUUGCAUUUAUGCAAUCAAUGGGCAACCAAAAAGCUAACAGUUAUUGGGAGGCAGAGUUGCCACUUAACGUUGAUAGAAGCAAUAUGGAAAAGUUUAUCCGUGCCAAAUAUCAAGAAAAAAAGUGGAGUUCGCCGAAAGCAACUCAACCAAUUCAUGCAGUAGGUGAAAAGAGCUCGAUCACGGAUAAAUCCGCGGCGGGCACUAGAAAUGGCAUGCCAAGGAAAGCUAGAAAAUAUUCGCUGGAGGAAGAAAUGUUCAGCAAGCAUAUGUCACAAAUUGGUCUUGCUGCAAGACCUCGUACGGGUUCUUUGGACAUUACAGAACUCAUGGUUUCACCCACCACAGACGGGCUUGUUAAUGAAAACACUGCUUCUGUAAAUAAUGUUGGUACUGAACAAGAUCUCUUUGGUUUGCUCUAUGUCUCAGAUGUGAAACAGAAUCGCACACUUGUGCCUCCCUCUCGCUGGGCUACUUUUGAGUGAGCCAAUUGCUGCGGUAGAGAAGAAGCAAUAGGUUCAAGUGAACUACUUAUUGAUUGGGGUGGACUUUGUUGCUAUGAAACAGACAUGGGAAGAGUGACCUCAUCAAGGCGGUGUGCCCAUUUGACAUGAUUAUUGUGGCCUUUGUAGUGAGGUUACAGAAGAACACCAUUAUGACACUGCAGAGUUGACAUUUUUGUUUUUGCCUAUCAUGUUUUAUAGGCAAAAAAAAAAAAAA